CGCGUAAUCGCGGACAGUGAGAGGGCCACUGCUAUCAUGCCCGGGCGCGCGGGCGCCGCCCGGUUCUGCUUGCUGGCUCUCGCUCUGCAGCUACACUGGCCGCUGGCGGCGUGCGAGCCGGGAUGGACCACAAGAGGAAGUGAAGAAGGCAGCCCCCAGCUACAGCAUGAACUCAUAAUACCUCAGUGGUGGACUUCUGAAAGCCCCGGGAAAGGACAGCAUCCACUCACAGCGGAGCUCAGGGUCAUGGCUGAAGGGCGAGAGCUGAUCCUGGACCUGGAGAAGAAUGAGCACCUUUUUGCUCCAGCCUACACAGAAACCUGCUACACUGCAAGUGGCAACCCUCAAACCACCACGCUGAAAUCUGAGGAUCACUGCUUUUACCACGGAACUGUGAGAGAAGUGGAGGAUUCCAGCGUCACGCUCAGCACCUGCCGGGGAAUCAGAGGACUGAUUACAGUGACAAGUAACCUCAGCUACAUCAUCGAGCCUGUCCCUGACAGCGGCAGCCAACACCGUAUUUACAGAUCUGAACAUCUCAAGCUGCCCCCGGGAAACUGUGGGUUCGAGCACUCCAAGCCCACCGCUAAGGACUGGGCCCUUCAGUUUACACAGCAGACCCAAAAACAACCUCGCAGAAUGAAACGGGAAGAUUUACAGUCCAUGAAGUAUGUGGAGCUGUACCUGGUGGCCGAUUAUGCAGAGUUUCAGAAGAAUCGGCACGACCAGGAUGCCACCAAACACAAACUUAUGGAGAUCGCCAACUAUGUUGAUAAGUUUUACCGACCCCUGAACAUCCGGAUUGCUCUCGUGGGCUUGGAGGUGUGGACACAUGGAGACAAGUGUGAAGUUUCAGAGAAUCCCUACUCUACCCUUUGGUCCUUUCUUAGUUGGAGGCGCAAGCUGCUUGUCAAGAAGAGCCAUGACAACGCGCAGCUAAUCACGGGCAGGUCCUUUCAAGGUACCACCAUUGGCCUGGCCCCACUCAUGGCUAUGUGCUCCGUGUACCAGUCUGGAGGUGUCAGCAUGGACCACUCUGAGAACGCCAUUGGCGUGGCUUCCACAGUGGCCCAUGAGAUUGGGCAUAACUUUGGCAUGAGCCAUGAUUCCGCACAUUGCUGUUCGGCCAGCCCAGCUGAUGGCGGGUGCAUCAUGGCAGCUGCCACUGGGCACCCUUUCCCCAAAGUGUUCAGUUGGUGCAACAGGAGGGAGCUGGACAGGUACCUGCGGUCAGGAGGUGGGAUGUGUCUCUCGAACAUGCCGGAUACUAGGACGCUGUAUGGAGGCCGGCGCUGUGGCAACGGGUACCUGGAAGAUGGUGAAGAAUGUGACUGUGGGGAGGAAGAGGAGUGUAAUAACCCUUGCUGCAAUGCCUCCAACUGCACUCUGAAGGAAGGGGCUGAGUGUGCCCAUGGUUCCUGCUGUCACCAGUGUAAGCUGGUGGCUCCUGGAACCCUGUGUCGUGAGCAGGUGCGGCAGUGUGACCUCCCCGAGUUCUGCACCGGCAAGUCUCCCCACUGCCCCACCAACUUCUACCAGAUGGAUGGCACCCCCUGUGAGGGUGGCCAGGCCUACUGCUACAAUGGCAUGUGCCUCACUUACCAGGAGCAGUGCCAGCAGCUGUGGGGACCCGGAGCUCGGCCCGCCCUGGAUCUCUGCUUUGAGAGGGUGAACGCAGCUGGAGACACCUAUGGAAACUGUGGCAAGGGCUUGAACGGCAAAUACAGGAAGUGCAGCCCCAGGGAUGCCAAGUGUGGGAAGAUCCAGUGUCAGAGCACCCAGGCCCGGCCCCUGGAAUCCAACGCGGUAUCAAUUGACACCACCAUCACCUUGAAUGGGAGGCGGAUCCACUGUCGGGGCACCCAUGUCUACCGGGGUCCCGAGGAGGAGGAAGGGGAAGGUGACAUGCUGGAUCCAGGCCUGGUGAUGACUGGGACCAAGUGUGGUCACAACCAUAUUUGCUUCGAGGGACAGUGCAGGAACACCUCCUUCUUUGAGACUGAAGGCUGUGGGAAAAAGUGCAAUGGUCACGGGGUCUGCAACAACAACAAGAACUGUCAUUGCUUCCAUGGCUGGGCUCCACCUUUCUGUAACACCCCAGGAGAUGGCGGCAGCAUUGACAGUGGUCCUUUGCCCCCCAAGAGUAUGGGUCCUAUGAUAGCCGGGGUGUUUUCAGCCUUCUUCGUGCUAGCUGUCCUGGUGCUGUUAUUCCACUGCUAUAGACAGAGCCACAAACUGGGCAAGCCUUCAGCUCUCCCUUUCAAGCUGCGGCAGCAGUUCAGUUGUCCCUUCAGGGUGUCUCAGAGUGGUGGAACUGGCCAUGCCAACCCAACUUUCAAGUUGCAGACUCCCCAGGGCAAGCGAAAGGUGGCCAACACCCCUGAAACUCUCCGGAAGCCCUCCCACCCUCCUCCCCGGCCACCUCCAGACUACAUGCAAGUUGAAACCCCAUCUGAACCACUGCCAGCACAUCUGAACAAGGCUGCCAGGAGCUCCCCAGAAACGGGGGCUCAGGUAGAAAGAAAGGAGUCAGCCAGGAGGCCUCCCCCAAGCCGGCCCAUCCCCCCUGCACCUACCUGCCUACUGUCCCAGGAUUUCUCUAGGCCGCGGCCACCUCAGAAGGCACUUCCAGCAAACCCUGUGCCAGGCCACAGGAGCGUUCCCAGGCCAGGAGGUGCCUCCCUGCUGCAGUCACCUACUGUUAGUCCUCAGCCUCCCCGGGCUCCCACAGGAUCUGUUCCAAAGCUUCCCCAAUACAGAUCACAGAGGGCUGCAGGGGUAACUAGCUCCAAGAUCUAGAACUGUCUAGAAGUUUCUUGUUUCCCUUGAAGACUCUGGAUGCCAUGUAAGGUCCAGAAGAAAGAAGUCUGCUCGGCCACCUUGAAGCUUCUCCAACCUCCUGGAAGCCCAUCAUCUCCAGAAUCUCCUUCCUUGUCCCAAUGCCUGUUUUCUCUGAGGCCCAGAGAAACUUCCAUCUGACGGCUUCUGCAUGUUGUCCUGUGCAAUAUACAGCUCUGGUAGGAAAGGGAAGCAGAUGGAGGAAGAUGGGGAAGAUUCUCCCUUGGCCGCCUAGCUCAGAGCUGCCAGUGAUGGUCAGGGAAGUCUCGAACUGGGGGGUCCUCCUCCUGUGCCAAGCUUGGAGAAGGCAUUCACUCAGGUCCCAUUCUGGCAGGUACACAUGAGGGCUUCUGUUGACUGACCUCUCUCUGGGAUCCCCAGGCUACACAGAGGUUGGGUCUUACCUGUCUCUUAGCUUUUAGGGACCGAGGAAGCCACUGCUGCCUCCUGGCCCCAGGACUUGGCUAAGGUGCCUGUUCCUGGUUAUAUGGCUGCAUGUGACAAGCCAUGCUCCCCUCCCUUGUCACCCCCCACAUUCCCGUAUUUACAUGGUCACUCUCUGACUCAGACAGGUACUAUUUGUAGGCAGUGUAGACAGCAGUGGGGAGUGGUCAGCCUGUGUCCCCUCUGAGCCGUGAUGCCAAAGGUUGCUAGACUCUCAGAAUCCCCCGUUGUGCAUCCCCAUUGUUCCGUGUGUCACCUCCUCCUCUCUUCCAACCUCUCUGUCCUAUGGUGCUUUGAUGGUGCACCACAGCACUCCUGACUUGCUGGUGACCAUACGCCUGUGACCAACAAAUCAGGAUCCUGCCUCACGGGGUGGCCACUGGGCUUCCUGCACUGGAUCUCAAGAACAUUGAGCGGAGUGAGCUUGGGUGUGUGUGUGUGUGUGUGUGUGUGUGUGUGUGUGUGUGUGUGUGUAUGAGAGAGAGAGAGAGAGAGAGAGAGAGAGAGAGAGAGAGAGAGAGAGAGAGAGAGAGAGAGAGAGCACUUUGCAUGUACUUGUGGUUUUUUUGGUUUUUGGUUUUUUUUGGCUUUAAGCAGGAAAAGGGGCAUCCUCCUUUUUUCUGACCUACAUUCUAGGUGAAGUUCUCCAGGUAUACUGAGGGGACAGACAUGUUUGGAAGCCCAGUUAUUGGGAAAGUAUACACAGGGGCACCAGCCCUUCUCUAGUGGUCAGCUCUGAGGUGGGACAGUUGACUCUGGACAGAUAGGCAGCCUCUUUGGAACAUGGCUCAGAGCCAUGGUAAAUCAAAUCAGGGCAGGGGGCCCCCAGCUCUCUUCAACCAGGGUCUUACCGCACACCUCCAUUGGUUCUCUCCUGUUACUGCCUGUACAUGAUCCUCAUGGGAAGAGCUCUGGGAAGGUGAGGGUGGGACUUGGGUGGACCCCAUCUUGCCUGGGGCUCAGGAGGGCAGUUACUACAUAAUUGCUGGGGUUGGCCUCUGAGAGGCCAUUUUCCAUCCCCAAAAAGGUGCUGACAAGCAUGUCAGAAGGUCCUCUAGGGGCCUUCCCGCCACUACAGCAAGCAGUUGUUAGCUCUUGGAAACCUCCCUGAGGAGGAGGCAGGCUUUUGACUCCCAUUUGCUGCCUCAAGGCCUCCUGACCGUUCUUUGCAGAGUAAGCUCUAGCCUCGUGCUCUUGGGACUGUAGACAGUGGGAGGUGCAUGUCUGGGAGGUAGAAAGAUCUCAGGAAACCACGUUUCUCCACAUUUCUCCUUGGGGUGACCGUGCUGUUCACACUCUGUCUCCCUGAGCUGUGAUGCAGAAGGUCACUUGGGCCUAGGUCCCUUUUCUGCAGUCUUACAGUUUUUUCAUUUAUGUGCUACACCGAACGCCCAGUGAUUACAGGCUGGAUCCUAAAAACACCCGACUUUUGACACAAAGUUAGAAACACACCACUUCCCUUAAACCCAACCCUGUACUUCCUAGAUGUUCUUGUGGGCUGUGCAGGCUCUCUCCCUCAACUCAGGAGGCAGGUGGCCUUGAGUGACAGUGCCACAGCAACAUUAACGUCAUGAGUCUUGUGAGCCUUUUGUCCCUUGACCCAUACCGGAAGAAGACCCAUUACUUUGCUCUUUGGUAAUCACUUCCUUUUCCCCCUUCUCAUUGCUUUGGUACCACCUCCAUCCCAUCAAACUAUACUGUGAAUAGCAAGAUGGCAAAAUUUUGUUUAGUUUGGUAGAGAUGUUGGCAGCUGCUCUAUUUGCAUCUUCAUUCCUGCCUGUCAUCCAAAAGUUGGGGAGGCUGCCACAGGUAGGAGCCCCUUCCCUUCUGCACCAUGAAGUGACCCAUGCAUACAUGUAGACUUCAAGGAUAGAGUUUGUCCCAAAGGAUUGUUUACUACUUAGGAGGGGAAAGAGAAUAUUACCACAGGGAGAGGAGGGGGUGGUUACAACAGAACACUUCAGUCAACCUACCCCGUCUGUGGGUAUCCAAGGCUCUAAAGGCUUUUUGUUGUGCCUAGAAAGUGAACAGGACUGGAAAUAGCUGCUCUGUGCCCAGCCACUGUAGAGAUAUUUGUGAACACUGGGGUUGGUCUGAACCAAGGCUCUGUUGGGCUGAGGGAAGUUCAGAGUUCAGUUUGUAGCUGAGUGUGAUGGUGCACGCUUUUAGUCCCAACAGAGGCAGACAGAUCUCUGACUUCAAGGCCAGCCUGGUCUACAAAGUGAGUUCCAGGACAGCUAGGGUCACACAGAGAAACCCUGUCUCCAAAACCAAAGUUGUUUGAGACAGGAUCUCAUGUAUCCCAGGUUGGCCUUCAACUCUCCUCUUCCCAAGUGCUAAGACUACACUGCAUGUAUGUGACACCACACUUGGUUUAUGUGGUCCUGGGUUCAAACCCGGAUCUUCAUGCAUGUCAAUGCAAACACUCUACCAACUGAGAUACAUCCCCAGCCCAGGCUAUAAGUGUUCUGAGAAACUAAAUUAGCUGCCUGCCAAGUUUAGAACCCUAAAGCCAUUUCUGACCUGUGAACCUCAAGUCUCUAAUCCCUUCCAAGUUGCAACUUUCUGCUUGCUUUCUGUUUCUUUUAUCCUUGGUGACUUCCACCUGUAAGAGAAAAGCUCUUUCCUAUCCCUGUUUUAAGACAUUGUAGAUUUUAGGGUCUGAAUAUCCUCUGCCAUGCAACAGUCCCUCACUCUGCAGUAACCCUUUUCCACAGUGUCUCCCCUAGGUUCAGUUAAUUUGCUUAUUUGACAAAGCAGGUGUGAGACUUGCAUUCUUAAAAUUGGAGGCACAUUCUAAAGCUAGUCAUUUUGUCAAAUGCAUGUAAUGAAAGCCCCCAAAGGACUCUACACACAAGCCAGGGAACACGAACUGGAAAGGUAACCCUUCUCUAGGGACGCCAACUAGAGGCUCUCCAAGCCCAAUACCCCAAAAUCAUGCUCCCAGUGUCCGCUUGUAUGAGUGUAUGUAUGCCUGUGUCUGGGAUCCAGGGCAAAUGUGAAUUUUCUUUUUAUUUGGGAGAUUGUUCACAGGAAAUAGUCCUCUCCUCUCUUGUCCUCCUAUUGAUUGUUUACAAUAUUUGUACAUCUAUGCAAAAUACUUGAAUGGGCCGUGGUGCCUUGUUUUGUUACUUUUUGUUUUUGUUUUUUUCUCCUUUGUUUGUAUUUAAUUAAAACAAAUUGUCAUUUGAAAACA